CACAUUUGUCAUCAAGCUAGUUGUAAAUCUUAAACAAUAUUUGUCACGAUGUCAUUCAAAAUCACCAUUCUUGUUUUGGCUUUCCUGGGAGCUGUUGCUGCUCAACAGUACUACCAACCUCUGGCCUAUCAACAUCAUGCGGCUGAGGAAAAAAGCGCCCCGAUCAACUACGAGUUUCACUACGACAUUCACGAUGACCACACCGGAGAUGUGCACGGUCGCAAGGAAGCUCGCAAGGACGAUCAAACUCAGGGCGAAUACUAUCUGUUCGAUGCCGAUGGCUAUAAGCGCACCGUGACUUAUCACGUUGAUGGUAAGAGCGGAUUUAUUGCUCAAGUGCACCGGGAACCGAUUAAGGGAUAUCAAGCUCCACAACCGGUGGUGCAGAAAGUUUUAGCUGUUCCAGUUGUCCAUGCGUAUCAUCAUUGA